UCCAAAUAUACGCCACUAACGCAAGAGGAUGAACCAUUUAUAUUUCUACUACCUUUUAGGGGUAAUAAACUUCCGAUACAACAAAAGAAGGAAAACAUUCACCAGCAGCAGAACGAUCGCAGCUCUAAAAGUCAUAAUUCAUUUGAUUGUCCCAAAUGCAGUGCUGCUGUGGAUUACAAUGAUUGGCCAAACGGGAAUCUUGCUGACCGUACCUUCAGUGCAUAUAACAGUGUUUUUCUUGCGCAUCACCCUUACAGUGAUAACGAUGAACGUGAACAUGCUUUCGAACUAUUAUUUUACCGCUAAACAGCAAAUGGCUCUAUUGAACGAGUGCCAUGCUAGUUUUCGUGAUACUAAAUUGCUCAGCUUAGCAGACAUAAAACCAUCAUUUCGUGGUUCACGGAUCGCGCUGGUCAUUUUCUUGCUGCAUUACAUCAACUUUGAACUAAACCAGUUCACAUACGUAAUACUGUACGAUGAAAAAUGGCCCGAACUCACAUUUUACCUCAUGGUUUACUUUAUCGAAAUGAUAACGGUAAUGAAUGUGCUUUACUAUGACUCUGUGCUUGACGUGAUACGUGAAGGUGUGCGCAUAGACUGUGCCCAAUUGUCCAAGUGCAUGGACCAGCAUCUUAAGUGUGAGUCCGGUAAUUUGGAUGAUUCCUACUGGUUGCCUGCCAUCGAACAUUUUUACAAUCGUAUGCUAAUGGUGUAUAAACAGAAAAAAGAUUAUUGUCGAGCGUUUCGAUUGCAGCUAGUGGCAACCGCAUUGAACAUGUUCAUUGUUUCGUUUUCCAUAUUUUACGUUAAUAUGAACAGUAUCCUUCUUCAUGCCCACGAAGGUUUUCUCGAAAAGUAUAAGCGCGUUACGGAGAGUUUAGGGUUCUUUUCGCAGUUGGGAGCCAUGCUACUUAUUUGCCACCGUGCGAGUGAUCUCGAGUGCGAGCAACGUUGUUUGGCGCGUUUACUGAUGCAAGCUCAAUCGAAGCUGACAAAACGUUCAUCAAACAUGGUACGAUUAUUAUCAUCGUAUGAUUUGCGAUAGAGAGUUUAAUGUUGGAUAUCUAUUUCCCAGAAACGGAGUGAUAUGUUUAACAGCAGAAUUCUUAUUCUUCAACACGAGCUGCAAAUUGCACCAUACGAUCUGUUUGAAAUUAACAUGGAGUACUUUUUUGGGAUGGUAGCCGCAAUCGUUACGUACCUGGUGGUAUUGCUCCAGUUUCGAGAAUUGGAAUUCGAUUAA